AUGGAAGUAGACGAGGUGGUGUGUUUACCAAGGUUGUCCCGAGUCGCUGUGUGCGGCGGUACCCAUGGCAACGAGCUGUCUGGUGUGUACUUGGUGAGAGAGCUGCUGAAAGCGAAGAAGAAGGUGAUGAAGGAGGAGGAGGAAGAGGAGGCUGUGUCAGUGCUGAUGGUGCUGUCAAACCCACGGGCCAUGCAGCAGUGCAGGAGAUACAUCGACACUGACCUGAACCGCUGCUUCACCCACGCCGCCCUGAAUGGACCCAUGUCAGACAUGGCUCCCUACGAGAUGAUCAGGUCCCGAGAACUGAACGCGAUGCUGGGCCCCAAAGGCAGUCCCGAGGCGGUGGAUCUUAUUUGUGACCUCCACAACACCACUUCCAACAUGGGCCUGUGUCUUAUUGCGUACUCUGACUGUGACUGGAUCUGCCUGCAUAUAUUCAGACACCUUCAGAGGCAGAUGCCGGAUAUACCAAUGAGGUACAUCCAUUUUGAUGUCUCCAGUAAAGAAUCAUAUUCUCUUGAUUCAGUGGGAAAACAUGGUUUUGCCAUGGAGAUCGGCCCUCAGCCCCACGGUGUUGUUAGGUCAAACAUCUAUACAACGAUGAAAGCUGGCGUGCAGCAUGUGCUCGACUGGGUCCGUUUCUUCAACUCAGGUACUAUUUUUGAAGGAGGAUUUGUGGACGUGUUCACCCUGGUUAAACACCUUGACUACCCACGAGACUGUGAGACUCACAACAUCACAGCAGCCAUUCAUCCUCAACUCCAGGACCGAGACUUCUGCCUGCUCUACCCUGAAGAUGCGCUGUUCCAGACUUUCUCAGGUGAAACACUGAGGUAUAAAGGCACUGAACCUCUUUAUCCUUUCUUUAUCAAUGAAUGUGCUUAUUACGAGAAGGGCAUCGCUCUCUCCCUGGCAAGAAAGAGGCACGUGAUGAUCCCUGCAAUCCGGGUGCAGACAGAGCAGGAGCAGCAAGCUGACGAACAGAGAUUUACGUCGGAAGAAGAAGAGGAGUGA